CCGGUUGAAAACGCGAACAUAACCUAUGUUUCCUUUGAAAACCUUGGUGUUGAGACUUUACUUGUCACCCUUGUUGUGUUUGCAAUUAAAUAGUUAUGAUUGACUGCAGUGAUUUGCGGCUGGCUCGAAGCAUUGUGUUUCCAACAGGACACCACUAGUUGCUGUCAAAUGUGUCGCGCCAUAAGUAUUGGGUCAUUUCAUUUUCUCUUGGACAUAAUGCAAAGUAAAUAGUGCGUACAGGGACAGAUUACUUCAUCUAUGAGCCCACUAUUGAUUCAUAUUUCAUGAUGGAGCCAAACAACUGGAGUAGUUGGUAUAAUGACCUAGCCAAAAGUGAUUUGAAGGAUGAUGAAAAAAGGGAACUUGUCAAAUCACUCACUCUACUCUUUGGCAAGGUGCAUCAAAUGUCCAGAGGAGAGCUUGUCACAAACUUGAAUCAGAACAAUUUGCACACCGGUGGAAACAGAGAUGUCCUUGUGAAACGUCUCAAAAACUAUUAUCGGAUCCAAAAAUUGUCCUCUGUCAACGUUUUGCCUGCUGUAAAAUAUGCUCCAUACUAUUUGGUGCUAGACUUUGAGGCAACAUGCAACACCGUUAAUGCCCCAGAUUAUCCCCAUGAGAUCAUCGAAUUUCCUGCAAUUCUUGUCAGUUCAAGAAGCAAAGCUAUUGUUGACACAUUUCAGUCCUAUGUGAGGCCAGAAAUCAAUCCAACAUUAUCUGAUUUUUGUGUCGAGCUUACUGGCAUAACUCAGGCGACAGUUGAUGCAGCUGACACAUUUCCUGUAGUGCUGAAGAAAUUUGAGGAGUGGAUGGCUCAACAUGGUUUGCGUUCCCAACAUAAAUGCAUCAUAGUGACAGAUGGCCCUUGGGAUAUGGCUCAGUUUUUCCAUGGUCAAUGCAAGGUUGCUGGAGUUGAGUAUCCUUCAUGGGCCAAGAGAUGGCUUAAUAUCCGGAAAGCUUUUCGCAACUACUACAAAAAGAAAAUGCAUUACAAUUUGAAAGGCAUGCUAGAAACUCUUGGUAUGGAAUUUGAGGGGCGGCCUCACUGUGGUUUAGAUGAUGCCCGUAACAUUGCGCGCAUUCUUCUUGUUCUGAUUGAGGAACAUACACCUCUUCAUAUCAACGAACGCCUGCAUCUCAGAGACUACAGAACAAGAGAAAAGGCUUUGCUUGCAUCUGCUGCAAAUAUUGUUGAACAGCGCACCAAUGGAGUUGGAGAACUGACGGAAAGGCUCAAGAAAGCUUCCCUGGAUUGCACCGAUCAGAAAGAAAAUGCUGAUGUGGCUGAGGAGGCCCCAAAGUAUGGAGGUGUCUCUGGCAAGCAGUUAUCAGGUGCCAAAGAGGGAAAUUCUAAUGAAAGUUCUUCGGAGUCAGAUCGUAAUGAGGAUGAAGAUUCAAUUCUUUGGACCAAUAAUAAAUUUUCAGCUUUGAGGAGAGCAGAAAUGAACUUUUAGACAUUGGAUAUUGAGACGUGGUGUUUAGUCUCAAACAAAAACUUCAGCAUUUCUUGUGUAUCCAAAUUGCAACUCUCAAACUGAAAAGAUUUGAUGUGAUAUAUGAUCAUGGGUAGAUGGGACAUUAUCAGAACUCAGUUCUCAUUAGAACUCUGUUCUUAUGUUCUCUGUUGAUUUUAAUAAACAACACUGUAUGAUUAUUUGAUAAACUGAUAAAAUUAAUUUUUUUACAUUUGUGAUAAAUGUGAUAAAUUAUGUACAAGGUUGGAGGCAAGAGAGCGUGUUGUACAUUGUGUGAAACUUAAGAAAAGGAUCCGCAAUCAUUAUAUAAGAUAAUAAUGCUGAGAACACAUGAUGGGAAUGAUAUAUUGAAGGGCAUGGAAGGGUCUUGUACUAUAAUUACUAUUUUUUAUGCCUUGUUAACCACAAUGCUGUUUUCUUGUUUAUGUUCUGUAGGUUUUUCAUGCAGAGUAAAAUGGUUUAUAUGGAUA